AUGGAAAAUUCCAGGCCAUCCAGCAUCAGAAAUAUUAUGCAUGUUGGAAAAAAUUCUUUGCUGCCUCCUAAAUGUCCAUUCCCUAGCAUAUCCCCAGCGUACGUUGAAUACAUCCCUAGUUCAGCAAUUGCCCGAAAAGGUCUUCCAGCACCUAGAAAUGGUAAUCCACAACAUCAACGUGCUUCCUCUGAAAGCUUUUUGAUAGAAGAACAGCCGUCUUGGCUUGAUGAACUCCUCAGUGAGCCUGAAACACCUGUGCAUAGAGGAGGUCACCGACGCUCAUCAAGUGAUUCCUUUGCAUAUAUUGACACAGCUAAUGUUGGAUACAUGAAUGGUGUAGCUCAAGAUGAUAACAAGUUCAAAAAUUUAACUUCAGUGCCUUCAUGGGGAUCUCAGGACUUUGAUCUUUACAGAGAUAUAAGACAUGGUUCUUUCUACACAGACCCAAACUCUUCAGGCACAACCAAGAAUAGGACAUGGGAUGCACCUGUGAAUCCAGUUGCAUCAUCUCAUGGCCGUCCUGCUCCUAAGGACAAUGCCAUAGUUCAAAAUGCAGCAUCAUCGAGUACUUCCCCAGAAACAGACAAGAAUUCAUCUUCUUCAACUGAAAAGCUGGAUCCACUUGAAUCUGAUCCUUAUGACCCAAAAGGUUCUUCUGAGAGAAAGGACUCUGAUCAUGCCAAACACUCUGUGUCUGAUACAGAUACCAAACGGGCGAAGCAGCAAUUUGCACAACGCUCACGGGUCCGAAAACUUCAAUACAUAGCUGAACUGGAAAGAAAUGUGCAAGCUCUACAGGCUGAUGGUUCUGAAGUUUCUGCUGAGCUCGAAUUUGUCAACCAGCAGAAGCUUAUACUAAGCAUGGAGAAUAAAACCCUGAAGCAACGAUUAGAAAGUUUAGGUCAAGAGCAGCUUAUCAAGUAUUUUGAGCAUGAAGUAUUGGAAAGAGAAGUUGGAAGAUUACGAGCCCUGUAUCAGCAGCAGCAGCAACAAAAUCAACAGCAGCCAUCAUCUAGCCAUCGACGUGCUAAGAGCAGAGAUCUGGACCAGCAAUUUGCUAAUCUUUCUCUUAAACCCAAGGAAGCAAAUGCUAGUCAUGAUACGGUUUCUGGGUAUAUCUAG